GCAGCGUAAUAGUGGCCGCGCUGGGGUGACAGUGACAGUGGCCGGUGAAGAUGUCGGGGAAGCGGCUGGUGAUGUUCGAUCUGGGCGGAGUUCUCCUCACCCCCGGAGUACAGAGCGCCCUCCACCGCCUGGAGGAGAGACUGACACUGCCCGGCGGUUUCUUCUUGAAAGUAUUUGUGAAGAGCGGUGAGGACGGACCAUUGCCCCGGGCGGAGAGAGGACAAAUCCCGUUCUCCCAGUUUGUUUCAGAAAUAAACAAGGAAUGCCAGGCUUUCGCCAAAGAGUCCGGGGCCACCCUUCCCGAGUCCUUCUCCCUGGAGACCGCCUUCCAGGACCUCUAUCAGAAUGGUGGCAUCAAUAAGCCCAUGCUGAAGGCUGCUAAGGCCCUCAGACAGCACGGUUUUAAGACUUGUGUGCUAACCAACAACUGGGUGGACGACAGCGCAGAGCGACAGCACACCGCCGACCUUCUCUCCAUGCUGAGCCGUCACUUCGACAUGGUGAUCGAGUCGUGCCGCGUGGGAAUGAGGAAACCCGAGGCUCGCAUAUAUGAGUACGCUCUGAAAAUGCUGGAAGCUGAACCUGAGGAGACAAUCUUCCUCGAUGAUAUCGGUGCCAACCUGAAGACGGCCAAGGAACUGGGCAUCUCCACAGUGUUGGUCAGAGACACAGAGAAAGCCUUGAAGGAGCUGGAGGAGUUAUCAGGAGUCCAGAUCCUGGAGAAUGAAGAGAUCCUACCAAUCGCAGCGGACCCGGACAAUGUCUCCCAUGGGUUUGUUUCAGUAAAGCCUGGUGUGAAGCUGCAUUAUGUAGAGAUGGGGAACGGACCGGCCAUCUGUCUGUGUCAUGGCUUUCCCGAGAGCUGGUUCUCCUGGAGGUAUCAGCUGCCGGCUCUGGCUGACGCAGGGUACCGGGUUAUAGCUCUAGAUAUGAAGGGCUAUGGGGAUUCCUCCGCUCCAAAUGAAAUAGAAGAGUAUUCCCAGCAAGAACUCUGCAAGGACCUGGUCAUUUUCCUGGAGAAGCUGGGUAUUUCCCAGGCGACGUUCAUCGGACAUGACUGGGGUGGUGCCCUUGUCUGGAAUAUGGCGCUGUUCUACCCAGAACGGGUCCGGGCGGUGGCGUCAUUGAACACGCCAUUCUUUGGGAUUAACCCAGAUGUCCCAGCCAGUGAAUUGAUAAAAGCCAACCCAAUCUUCGACUACCAAUUAUACUUCCAGGAGCCGGGUGUUGCUGAGGCCGAGCUGGAGAAGAAUCUGGAGCGGACGUUUAAAAUAUUCUUCCGUGGGACAGCAGACAUGGAAAAAAGUUCACGUUUAAGCACCAGCAGCGUACGAGAAAGAGGAGGGCUAUUUGUGGGUCUCCCAGAGGAACUACCACGCAGUAAAAUAUUAAGCGAAUCUGCCCUGCAGUAUUACGUCAAACAGUACAAAAAGAGUGGAUUCAGAGGCCCAUUAAACUGGUACAGAAACAUGGAUCGGACCUGGAACUGGGUGAAAACUGCCCAUGACUGGAAGAUCCUGGUGCCAGCACUGAUGGUAACAGCCGGGAAGGAUUUUGUGCUGCUGCCUGCCAUGAGCACCGGCAUGGAGAAUCGGAUCCCUAAUCUGACAAGGGGGCAUAUUGAGGAGUGUGGGCACUGGACACAAAUGGAGAGGCCGUCUGCCCUAAACGAGAUCCUCGUAAAGUGGUUGGGGGAGGUUCACACGCCGCCUGUUUCUUCCAAACUCUGAGCGCCAGCUCUCCGCGCCAAGCUCUCCGCUCUCCGCUCCUCGCGCACACCAGAGUCUGCCUUGGUUCAGCCGCAGCGAAUUCUCUAAUUCCGGGAACCUGAGACAACGCGGGGGCUCGUUAAUUGUCCGCCGUGUUAUGCAGCCAAUUCAAAAAGUCAUUCUUAUUAACAAAGCCUUAUUCCCGGAGAAGCGGCUCUUUCUAUUGAACGUUCCUUUUCCACAAUUAACCUCGUACCUUGUCAUGGAAACAUAUGGAAGAGGCCGAUUAUGAAUAAUAAUGUCUUGUAUCCAAUUAAAUAGGAAUGGUGAUAAAA